AUGGCUCGGGAUAUGUCAGAUAAGGAAAUCCUGAAAAUGGAGCUGGAACAGUUGAAGAAGGAAGUUAGCACAACCAGGACACCAUUGGCUGCAAACUGUGCAGAGACCGUCUCUUUUGUUGAGGCCCUGAUACCGAACGAUCCGCUGAUAAAGGGCGUUGCAGAUGACAAGAACCCCUACAAGGGAGACAAGGGAGGCUGCACAGUAACAUAG